AGAAGUCCAGAUUUGAAUCGGAAUCAGAGUUGGAUCAGGCCACACAGUUUGCGUCGCCCUUAUAUAAGUCUAUUGUAAUCGGCUGUGGAUAUUUCUCUAUUUGCUUGCACCUAGUGCACGGGAUCCUCUUAUAGUUGGGAAACGCAUCAUUGUAUUCUUCCGCCCAAAAAGCAGGUCUCUAUAUGGAGAAGCAGGGAAACAUCGGCUACAUAAGUUCGAUGAGGGAAGGACGGAGGAGAACAAAGAUCAGGAUUCGUAAUAAAAGUUUCUUGCUUCGACGUCGUAACGAGUAUGGCACCUUCACAUGGAGUGAAGGCCGUAUGACCAAGACCACAUCUUUGUACCGUGAAAUGUCUGCUCGCGUGUGUCUAAGGUUGGCACUGGACGAGUACUCUGAUCUCAAGAGCAAAGGAAUGCUUAGGUGGAAGGCUUACAAAAAAAAUCGCGUGAGCAUCAACACCGCAUUACGGACCAUCGGGGAGGCCAUUAUGAGAUUAAGAAAACGUCGUGUGGAGGCCGGGCUAUUCUACUUGGUGCCACAAGCAGAUAGGGCCGCGAUACAAGUCCGCACCCACUUAUUCAGUAUGCCUUUGAAAGAGGCGCUAAGAAAACGACGCCUAGAACUCAAAAAGAGGAAGCAACUCCUGGACGCAUACAAUAAUUCUCAAAAAUCUACCGCCUACAGCAACGUCGUCUCCCUAAUGCGAGCAUCAGUAAAGAGAAUUUUGUUCUAUACUCUAUCCUCCGUUGUAUUAGGUUGUGCGAUAGUAUUCUUUUGAAAUAUCCGGAAAGGCCAUAAAUAGUAUAUGUCGCUUCGGUGCUUGUAGUCGUUGCUAGGUAAUUUACGAAUCUGGAUGUAAUUUUUAUUUCUGGUGUUCGUUGUACUGUGAUGAUUAAAGAUGAAUAGAUUGA